AUGGCUCCUGACACAGUCACCUUCAAGAAUUGCUUCAAGAUCAGAAAGCAGGAUGAUGACAAAGAUACAACUCCAGUUCCACAUUCCUUCAAUUUCAUGGCUCGCCAAGAUCUCCCAAAUCAAGGCCUUGGAAUGGACAAAGUUGAGCGCAUUCCACGUGCCAUGAGGAACCCUGCAGAAUCGCAUAGGGACAUCUUUGCGCUGGUCAAAAGCAGGAUGGCAUCGACUAGCUUGGCCCAGGACCCUUUGCUUUGCAUGCCUGGAUCACUGCAGGCAAAAGCUGAAGAGUUUAUCAAGCUGGCGAAUCGUGAAGACUGCCCCAAGCAAAGCUGGAAGAUUGAAGAUGAACGACGGCAGGAGUUGUCAUUGCUUUGCAAGGCGAUCAAGCGAGACUAUCCUCACAUGCACAGGGCCUGUGCUUGGUAUGCUUCAAUGGAUGAUGCUGCGAACCCUGCUCCUGUGCCUGACUUGGCCUUUCUGAGGAGUGUCAUUGGACAAAGAAAUUUGGGUGAUCAUAUCAUCAGCAUUUUCCCGGAAAAAUCUCAAUUGCACCAGGCCAUUGAUGAGCUGGUGAACACAGAGCCGCCUCUAAAGCGCCACUUGACCCUGGCACCAAAUGCCAGCACCGAUGAGUUCUGGCUUGGCUUGGGUAGCUUUGAUUACACCCCGGAAGGGAAGAACGGAUGUCGGAGGCUACGGUGUCCCUCGGAGAUGAUGACCAUCUUGCAUGAUCAUUACGAUGACUAUCCACACCAGAAGGCAAAGAAAGAGGAGGAAGAGGAUCGAGUCAAAAAGGAGGAGGAGGAGGACGAGGGGGCUUCUGAUGAUGACAAGGCUGCCGAAGCAGGUGACGACGAUGAGGACUUCUUGAUCCGUGACAUCAGGUACAAACUGGAGACUGAGCUCUCUCUCAAAGACCGCGGGCUGAAGACUCGCUCAAUAACAUGGGUCUUUGAACCUGAGACAGUGUAUGGCAAAAGGGAUGGAACAAUGCCUGGAAUUGCCAUCAUCAGUCGGAAUUCGGGGAACCUCUUCAAGCAAACCAAAGGAUGGAAAACAGGUACAAUACAUUCCGUACCAAUGCUGGCUCGCAACUCGAUGUACAAGCCAGAUAUGGCAACUUGGACAGGAAUGCCUUUGCCACACCUGGGCCGAGCAUUCACCGAUGUCCAAGAGAUGCGCCAAGCAGCAGGAGGAACAGGAUUCAUUCACGAAACGCUGAAGUCAUUCUCCAUUCCAACAUCCAAAGCAACGAUUUUGGUGGACCUCUAUGGCUACGAUGGUGCCCUGGCCAUGGCAUCCCUGGAGGAUCUUGCUGAUGGCAAAACAUCCGCUUGUGGAACAAUGUGCUUGGACAACAGUGGAAGCGACAUCAUGUGUCGGCUUGGGAACACUUUGUACUCUUCGGCUCGGGCUGGGCGGGUUUCCCUCACAGGAUUCCCAGACAUAAGCCCGAUAGUGGCCAGCAUCAAGAGUGGAGCACCGACAAACUCAGAGAAGACCUACAAAGUCACAUCGCAGGUGGCAAAUCGUCUUAUGAUCUUGCAAUCUCUGGCUACAAAGUUCAUUGAGGAGCCCACUACCAAGGACCGUGCCGAGGCAGAGAUUGCAAGUCACAACGAGCGCUUCAACAAGGAUGGCCAGUAUCUUCUGAGUGAGUCGAACAAAGAUGCCGAAGCACCCCAAGCUGAUGAGCCUGCAGCGAAACGUGUCAAGCUUGAGGAGUGCACUGAGCAGCAUGUCUCUACUCUGAAGAAUGUGGGCCGAAAUCAAUUCCUGGAUAAGAGAGAAUUGCUGCAUGGCCCAAACGUUUGA